ACGGUCCCUUGCGCACAAACCACCAAAGGGGUCCCUUGCGCACAAACCACGAAGAACGUCAUCUGCGACUUCCAGAGAUCCCUGACCAACAACUCAAAUCGGCAAGUGCACAUCCAUAACGAGCAAAACGGAGUGCAGAUCAACCUGGUAAAUGUCGGGUCGGAUACGAAGAGGGAAGACUGGCAGACUCGACGCAUUGUGGAGGAGGCGGUUUCGGGAAACAAGACCGGAGACAAGAUAGUCGAGAAGACCAAAGGCAACACUAGAAUUAAUGUCCGUGGCGACAGCCUGACGUUCAACCUGAAUUUUAAUGUCGGCGAUGUCUCUUUUCCCUUUGACACUCGCGGCGUGGACGUGAACCGGAACACUGACGGUAAGCUGGGGGUCAUUGGGGGUUCUGGCGGCGACGGAGAUGGUAAGCUGAAGGUCACUGGCGGUGACGGAGAUGGUAAGCUGAAGGUCAUUGGCGGCGACGGAGAUGGUAAGCUGAAGGUCACUGGCGGUGACGGAGAUG